GAUACAUUUUGCGGAGGUGGUUGGUGAUUGGUUGUUUUUGAUUGCAAAAUAAUACUUUUUUUACGAAAUAAUAAACGAAUUAAAUGUAUUAAAAUUAAAUAAAAUACAAGAUGAAAAACUAAAGGCCACUAUCAAGGCAAACGCAACACAUUGUAUGGAAUAUAGAGAGUGUAAACAUAAUUUAAUUCUAUACGAUUUAAUGUUUUUCCCAUUUUGCUCUCUUCAUUACUACUGGUGGCUGCAAAUAGAUAGAAAAGAAAAUAUUGUAUUUUAUUUGUGAAUGCCCCGCCGCAUUGGAAGGAAAUAAGAAAAACCACUGACUGGCUGGUAGGCUUGCAUUCCUAGCUGGGUCCAAAGGAUAUUUGGAAUAGAGUGACUGUGGCGGCGAAAAGAAAAUUUGUAUAAAAUAAUAUCAAGAGAAGGACAAGUUGAACACACACACAAAUGUAUCCAUGAUUUGAUUUAAUCCUCCUGGAAACAACAUUGAUCAAUCAAACAUUGUUUGUUUGUCUUAGGAUAUUGAUCUGAGACAACGGAGCAUAGCCAGAACAAAAACUUAUAAAAGCAUGUCUCAAAAUUCUAACCAAAGUAACCUAACAUCCUUGAAUGUCUACUGGCCGAAUAAUCUUCACCAUGCGGUCAGCCUGGAUGAACAAAAGGACACGGUCCAAGAUAUCAUUGAAAAGACGGUGGCCAUGGUACCCUAUGCCAAGAAGCCCAAUCCACGUUACUAUGCAUUGCGUCUGCAAAACAUGGUCAGCAAAGAAACCCUGUGGAUGAACAAAACAACGAAAAUACAAAAACUUCUUGAACAUAUUUGGAAUUCCACCUGUCCGAAUACCGAGUGUCCCCAACAGAAAUCACAACAUAUACCGCCAACUGUAAAUGUUAACGAUAAGCUUAGCGUUUGGAGGCCCGAGUUGCGUAUCCGCUACUUGCCUCACAGUCUUCGGGAACUUUUCAAUGAAGAUAAAAUCACAUGUUAUUUCUAUUUUGAUCAGGUUAAACAAGAUUUUAUUCAAUCGAAUUCGACGAGUAUCGACUUUGAUAGUGCAAUACAGCUGUGUUGCCUCAGUAUGCUGCACUAUUUUCGUAAUAUGACCACAGCGAUACCGGAUAAAAAGACACAGCAUGUGGAACACAUAGACAAAGAAGUGGGAUUUAAUCAAUUUCUACCAAAAACUGUGAUAUCUUCAACAAAGCCAAAGAAUCUGAAAAAAGUGAUACUCGCAACAUAUAAAAAAUUAUACCAUUUAACCGAUAUCGAAUACAUAACGAAGUAUUUCGAUAUUUUGAAGAAUUUCUACGAAACCGAAUAUGAAAAGUUUUCCGUAACGCUGAGUUCAUCGUGGAACAUAUCUAGUUAUCUUUAUGUUGGCCCGAAAAUAGGCAUUUCAUAUCAAACCCAUCCCCAGACAAAUAUGACCCAAGUGGCCACAUUUAAGGAUAUAAAUCGUAUUACCACUUUAUUUCUACCCAAAGAAGAUGCACAUUCCAAUCACGAGAAAAGUCUACUCAAAUCAUUGCCACCCAGCAUCGAUGAUAAUUUGGGCCAGGGGAAACCAUGUCGAUGUCGCGAAAUGAAGACACAAGUUAAAAUAACUACAACAAGCAAAGAUGAAGAUCUGGUGAUAACAUGUAAUGGUUAUAAUACUGCCACAAGUAUUGCAAAUCUCAUUGAGGGUUAUUGCCUUUUGAUUAGCAAUAAUCAGGUUUGCACUCUAUGGAAUCCCAUUGGUGGCAAUGUGAAAAAUGAUACAACAAAUAGCCUAAAUAAUGGCGGUGGUGGUGGCGGCGAUCAUGCAAACGAAACAAAUUAUAGCGAAAAUUCUAAACCAAAAUUAAGUGAAGAUUAUGCUGAACUGGGUUUGGCCGAUGAAGAGGGGGAUUAUUCGACACCAGCUGUAAGAAAUUAUGAAUUGGAUCGCUCGGAAAUAACCCUAAACAAUACCAUUGGAGUGGGCCAGUUUGGUGAUGUCUACAUUGGCACAUAUCACACUAAAGUGAAAUGUGGUAACGGCAAGGGUGAUAAAAACGAUAUUGGUAAUUCGGCAAUUAUACAGGUGGCCGUCAAGACAUGUAAAACAAAUGAUGAUCCCGAAAAAAUGGAAAGAUUCCUCGAAGAGGCCUAUGUCAUGCAAAAAUUCGAUCAUCCCCAUAUUAUCCGUUUAAUCGGCAUAUGCAGUGAAUCUCCAGUAUGGAUUGUCAUGGAAUUAGCCGAAUAUGGUGAACUGCGAGCAUAUCUUAAAUCGAAUGCUGAAAAAUUACGAAGGGAGACAUUGCUGCUGUAUUGUUAUCAGCUAUCUACUGCCCUUAGCUAUUUGGAAUCUAAGAAAUUCGUGCAUCGAGAUAUAGCAGCACGCAAUGUUUUAGUUAGUUCACCUACUUGCAUAAAGUUGGCUGAUUUCGGUUUAUCCCGCUGGGUAUCGGAACAAUCGUAUUAUCAUUCCAGUACUUGUAUGCUGCCUAUUAAGUGGAUGGCUCCUGAAUCGAUUAACUUUCGUAGAUUCACCAUUGCCAGUGAUGUUUGGAUGUUUGGCGUCUGUGCCUGGGAGAUUUUGAUGUUGGGUGUUAAACCAUUCCAGGGUAUUAAGAAUAGUGACAUUAUUGCCAAAUUGGAAAAUGGCGAACGUUUACCAUUCCCCAACAAUUGUCCACCCAGAUUGUAUUCCCUACUGUCACAAUGUUGGACCUAUGAGCCCUCGAAACGGCCCAAUUUCAAAAGAAUCAAGGAGACACUUUAUGAAAUUCUCAUUGAAGAACGAGCUGCUGGUUUUGAUUCCAUGAAUAAAGAAAAUUCUGGUUUCUUUUCCAUGGUCAAUAGUAACAGUGAUUUGGAUAUGCCACCCUCGAAACCAUCAAAGACACCACAAUUAGUUGGUGACAACUCGAAAUUUUCUUCCAACGCUGGGGAUAAAAAUUCUAGUGCCCUUAGCCCCCAGACGUAUAUUAUAGCACAAAAUCCCGAAAUAUUGGCACGUCUUAUGAAGGAAAAUGAAAAUCGUGGCAUUAAUCCUGCAGCCUAUACAACACCUGCCUCGAAACCCCGUAAAACCUCCCUUAGCCGUGAUGUGGAAACGCCAAGCCACCACCCACACAACAUCCAACAGACACAUGCUGCCCCAUCAUCAUCGCUGUGUUCAUCGUUGAAUGACAACAUCAACAAUAGUUCUUCCAGUCUAAGUGAAAGCAGUUGUUAUCCACCACCACCACCAUCAUCGACGAAAGCCAAUAAUCAUCUGUCACAUCGUCUAAGCACGAUGGCAAUGAACGAUCGACAAUUAUUGUCCGCUACCGAACAACAACAUCAAAAGAAUAGUCUUAGGCCUAGCCUAAAUCGUAACAAGGAUGCUGUCUACAUAGCCACCACAAAUGUGGUGAAGGCAAUUAUAACUCUGUCACAGGAGGUGGGCGAACACAAGAGUAAUAAUUUCCUGGAAUUGGUUAAGAACAUUGGUUUUGAAUUGCGUAAAUUGUUGCAAUCGGUGGAUCAUUUGUCACCUUUAAUACCAGGCGAAGCCUCAAAAGAAGUGGAAAUGGCCCACAAAGUAUUGCCCAAGGAUAUGCAUGAACUGGUGGCAGCCAUGAAAUUGGCACAACAGUACAGUGAUACUACAUUAGAUGUAGAAUAUAAAAAAGGCAUGUUAUCGGCCGCCCAUGUGCUGGCCAUGGAUGCCAAAAAUCUAUUGGAUGUUGUUGAUAAUAUACGACAGCGUUACGAAUCACUUUUCGUUGAAUAUUUCGAACAAAAUGAACCACCACCAUUAUCUGCGGUGUCUAGCAGUAGUAGUGGUGGUGGUAGAAGUAGCAUUAAUCAAAUGACAGCAACGGCGGCAAGUGGCAAUAUCAACACCAAUACAUCGUCAUCAUCAUCCAACAUGGUUGGUGGGGAAAUAUUAAAUGAAGAUGGUUAUCAAAUAAUGCAAAAUCAUAUAAUGGAACCAUUGUACUCGAAUAGUACUGAUGCUCACAAUACUGUAGUUAAUCAAAAUCUAGUCCAUAAUGCUGAUGAUAUUCUUAUAACAAGGAGAAACUCCACUUUCAAUGUCGACCUUGGAAUGUCGUCAAUAUCAUCAAAUUUUCUAAACGAACACCAAUUGCAACAACAACAACAACAUCAAAAUCCUUUAAAAAUUAUUGAAGAUACUAACACCCACUAAAACCUAACAUAAAUAACUUAGUUGUAAGAUUUCUCUUGUAACCCUAGAGAUUUUGUAUGUGUGCGUGUUUAGACAAGCAAUUUCCAUAACUUUCCCUUCCCACCACUCCCCCACUUAUUCCCUACUUAUCCCCAAUUGGAGCUGCCCUAAUUAUAUAUAUUAAAGAGCAGCAUUAAAAAUAUAGAAUAUCUUCCCAAAUUCUAUGUCUAUCCGAAAUUUCUCAUAAAAUAAUGAAUAGAAUUUUUAACAUAUUUAUUGAAGUAUGCACUAAACAAAAAAACAAAACAAAAAUACAUUAAAAAAACUAAUGGAAAAUUCAA